GCCGCGCAGGCGCAGUGUUGUGACGUGACGUAAUUGUCCAUUCAUACUUUUUGUUCAUUCAAUGAAACAAAUAUUUUAUUGACGAAGUGUUGUGUAAAUCAAAUUACGACUGUUAUUGUCCAACUCAACACCCGUAUGAGGGUUACUAAUCAGUUACAUAUUUCAGUGAUGUGAAAAAAUUGUGUUAUUGAAGCAAUAAGUGCAUUCAUUGAUAAAAUAUAAAGUAGAUAUGGAGCACAUGCGCAUUGCACCUAUUAAUUCAUUCGAUUUCAACUGUGCUUUGAAUGCUUUUGAAAAUGUGGAAAUAUAAAACUGUUUCUAUUUUUUGUUCUGUUCGGAUUGGAACUGUCUUUUGAUCUCCGCCUCAUUGAAAACAGGCUCAAGUAGAACAUUACGACACUCCGGAAGUGGCGGGACAAGCCGGCCGAGGGGCUCGUUCCGAAAGAGAUAACAGCGGAUGAAAGAGAUAAACAGUUAUGGAUUUAACAUGGCGGACGAAACGCGUAAAGUGCGAGUAGAAGAAAGAUUGAAAAUUAAGAUAGGUGAAGCUAAGAAUCUCCCAGCUCGCAACAAUGGCGCCGCCUGCCACCGUGACAUAUACUGCGUGUUGUCGCUCGACCAAGAAGAGAUAUUUCGCACUUCCACAAUGGAAAGAACACUUAAUCCAUUUUUCGGCGAGGAAUUCCAGUUCGAAGUACCACGAAGAUUCAGAUACCUUUCCAUAUACGUGUUCGAUCGUGAUAAGCAUCUCAAACAAGAUAAGGUGCUUGGGAAGGUCGCGAUUAAACGCGAAGAUUUGCAGCGAUACAACAAUAAAGACCACUGGUUCGCAUUGCGACCGGUGGACGCUGACUCCGAAGUUCAGGGCAAGGCAUAUAUUGAACUCACCCUGGAGGAUUCCAGAAAAAGGUUGCGAAUGGACCCAAAACCACCCGACCCGGACCCGAAUGCCGACAACUGCUCGACGAAGACGAAAGGAAACAAUCUCACCAGGCUAUCAGAAUAUUGUAAAGAGAGUAUGAGGUUCGGAACUAGUUCUAGCUCUACAAACAAAAAGCUCAGUACAGUCGCGACAGAGCCAGCGUUGGCUCUCUCACGAUCUGAGAGUCUAAAGGAUCGCGCGCAGUGGGCGGUACGGACGAAACCUCCAAUGCAUGCGAUGUCAGAAUCUGACGCAUCACCCACACCCACCGCAGCCGACUACUGGUCGGACCCAGAAAGACAUUGUGCAGCUCGCGUCGGCCCUGACACAAUCCGGUUAAGAGUCCUCGAAUGUUCGGAGCUCACCACAAAGAAUGGCCAGUGUGAUCCCUUUGCUCUCGUUACGUUAUUAUAUUCCAACGGGCGAAGAGUUGAGAGACGUACAAAACCUAGAAAGAAAACUGUCAACCCCCAGUUCGAUGAAAUUUUCUGCUUCGAUCUCGUGAUGGAAGCCGACCCAAAGGAUAAGGAUGGUUCACAAACAGCAGGAGUAGCCUGUGAAGCGAGGGUUUCCGUUUGGCACGACGCGGCCACUCCAGUAUUUCUUGGCGAAGUUCGGUUGCAAUUAAGACAGCCCGCACCUUCACCACUAUGUGCUUGGUACUUCCUGCGGUCCCGUGCGGGAGGUGCGCUGUCGAGAGGCGCAACGCCUCCUGGCACACGGCUGUCUGCAGCUGGUAGCGCCGCACUUGGCUCACUGCGGUUACUGCUGCAGUACACGGUCGACCACGUGUUCCCGCUGCACCACUACACGGAGCUCGAGGAGCUCUUCCUGCGCAGCGUGCAACAGAAGCCAAUCACAGCGUCUGCUGUAUACAUUCUCGGGGAGAUCGUAUCGAGCAAGACGGACGCGGCACAACCCUUGGUGCGGCUGUUCACGCACCACGACCUCAUCGUGCCAAUUGUCAAAGAGCUCGCCAACGCCGAGAUUUCAGUACUCACUGAUGCGACGACAAUCUUCCGCGGCAACACGUUGGUUUCAAAGAUGAUGGACGAAGCGAUGCGGCUGACUGGCGCGGCGUACCUGCGUGGCGUGCUACGGCCAACGUUGGCUGCCGUCUUGGCCGAGCGGCGGCCUUGUGAAAUCGACCCCGCACGGGUUAAACCCGCCGCAGCGAUCGCCGCAAACCUAGCCAACCUCAAGGACUACGUCGAACGGGUGUUCGCAGCGAUCACGUCGUCGUACGCAUCGUGCCCGUCCGCAAUGUGUCGCCUGUUCGACGCGUUGCGGCAGUGCGCGGUGCGACACUUCCCCGCUAACGCGGAGGUCCGCUACUCUGUCGUCUCCGGCUUCAUCUUCCUGAGGUUCUUCGCACCCGCCAUACUCGGACCUCGACUCUUUGAUCUCACCACGGAACAAAUUGAUCCCCAAACGAACCGGACGCUGACAUUGAUCUCGAAGACCAUCCAGUCGCUGGGUAACCUCGUGAGCAGCCGCUCUGCGCAGCAGGUCUGCAAGGAGGAGUACAUGGCAGAGCUGUACCGCAGCUUUUGCACUCCCAGACAUGUGCAUGCGAUAAAACAGUUCCUAGAAAUAAUAUCUACAAGUUCAGACACUCCGAAUAACAGCAUACAAGAGGCGCCGGUUUUACUCAAGGAGGGGACGAUGAUCAAGCGAACGGAAGGCGUGCGCGGAAACGGCUCUCCGCGCAGGCGUUGGGCGCGCACUGGGCAUGCGCACUGCAAGCGGAGGCAUUUCAGACUCACCAGUGGAGAGUUAUCGUGGUCAAGGUGCGGCGCGAAGGGUGUGGGUGCACGCGGUGCGCACAGACUGGCGCUGGCCGGUGUACUCAGCGUUCUGCCUGUUGACUGCCCUCCCGCUGGCGCACCGCUGGACGCCAACAAUAUAUUCCAAAUCGUGCACCGGGAACGCGUGCUGUUCGUGCAGGCCAGCAACUGCGUCGAGCGUGCCGAGUGGCUGCGACUGUUGUCCGCGCUGUGCCGCCACUCGCUCGCGCCUCCGCACAAAGGGUACUACGCAGACUGCAAGUGGACGUGUUGCGGACGUACGGAGCCUGACGCAGAGGGUUGCGGCGGUAAUGGCGGUAACGGCGAGGCUGAGUCUUCAGGCGGCCCGGCCUCGUUAGCCCUACGGCUGGACCCCGCGCGCGACUUGCAACGCUUGCACGCACUGCUUGUCGCACACGUGCACCGGCUCGACGAACGCCUUCACCGUCCGAUGGAUGACACGAGCCCCGAAGAACGCGAGGCUGAAGCGGUCACGUUACGUGAAUUACAAAAAAUUAUGUUUGACCUCGAACACCGGCAUUGUAUAUAUAGAAGAUCGUUAGCUAGAGAAACAAAAUAUGGCAGCAAGCAAGCGCCGAUCGGAGACGACAACUACUUGCAACUGGCGGGGGCCGCGGGGAAUGCGGAUAGCGGCUCGUGGUUCUGGCGGCCGUGGCGCGGCGGAUCCUCGCCCACCAUCGACCUGGACGGCAAGACGUUACCGCUGCAGACCUCGCCCGACGUGUGCUCCAGCACCGAGUCGCUCAAGCUGGCGCGCCUCGGAGACGAGCGCUCCUCGGGAAAGUCCACCAAGUCGGCCGGCAGCGGCUACCUCACCAUGUCCUGCAUCAAGCACGAGCCCUCCGAGGACAGCGACGCCUCCGCCGACCGGCCGGCGCGCCCGCCCAAACCCGCGCGCCUGUCCCCGUCCCGCGCGCCCCACACACCCGCCGCUACCUCGCCGCUGUGCGAGUACGUGGACGUCGAACUCAAGCCGCCUCUCAGACGGCCCAGGCCGGACCUCGCGUUCCUCUCGUCCCAACUCAAGCGACUCGAGAACGACGUCACGAUCCGCUGUAAAGAGUACGAGCUCAUGUCUAACUUCAUGAGCCAUACGCAAGCGUCCGACGACGACGCCCCGCCGGCGGUGCCUCCGCGGGGCAAUGCGGCCCGCGUGCGCCUGCAACCUAAACUGAUAGAUAUUGACGUCUCAAAGUCUGACGAACAUUCGACGUUCAAGCACGAUGCUAUAUGCGGAUCGACCACCAGUCUGCCGGAGGGCGCUCGGUCGGAAGUACGGGGGACGCAUGGGGAGAGCGGCGAAUCUCGGCCUGCGAGUAAAAUCGACACCGUGUCGAACGACGACAGCCUCCUCGACGAACUGCAACGCGACACUUAUUGCGUAUUGAAAGUGUGCGAGGAUGAAACUCCGGAUCUAGAUGCGAUGGAAAAUAAAUGCGAGGAGCCUACGGCGGUCAAAGAGAAGGAGGAAUGUGGGAUGUUCUCGAGGAUAAGCCUGCAGCGAAAAUCUAAUCCGAUCAAAACACAAUCGGGCUCGAUUAAACCGCUAAAGACGUCCAACUCGACCUCAAACGUGCACGACGCCGGCUCGCAUUCUUCCCGGCCGCUCGCGGAGCGGCUGACGCCGUUUUUCCUAAAGAAGAAGCCGAAACCCCCGGAAGACGCCCAAAGCUCGAAAAGCACACGAAAAGAGGACAACCUUAUUGGUCGACUGACGCCGCGUUUCGGCCAGUCCAGGCUCUACGGGCGCGGACAAUCCCUUGAACUCACGCCAUCAGAGAGUCGAACGAAACGCAUCGAGCGCUCCGCCACCACGGUCAACAUUCCAACGAGACCGAUGAAUUCGUCCAUCGUGGCGAAUCUGAAGUUUUUGACACUGCAUCGAUACGGUGCACAGGACGACGUGCAGUGCCACGCGUUUGUGCGGAACCCGGAGGAGGAGGGCGGUGCGGCUGAGGGGGAGGAUGGGGGGUGGCGGCGCGCCCGCGGCCCCAUGCUCGCCGCAACCACUGACAUUAGACUGUGAACUGUAAAGUGCUCACUGUGUACAACUAAGACGAACCUACACUCCACAAGGCGGGUUUCAUAUCCUGCGUGCUUAACCCAAAUGUUGCGCCCUCGCUGAAACUAAACUUUUAAAAAAAAUACGGAUAUUCGCGGAUUCGUACAAAAAAACGACCAAGCUAUGAAAAAACAGCGAGGGAGCCUAAUAAUAUAAAGUAUCUGAGGUUCGUUUUGUAAAGACUGAUUGUAGUCGAUUUGCCUUUAUACAAUUGGUAUUUUAUUGGGUGAACGCGUAAAACGCGCCCGUCCGGCAUUCGUAAAUGAUUGCGGCUAUUAAUGUGUAUUAUAUUAACUCGAUAACUUCCAGCACGUCGCUGUGCGACAGUGUUGUCUCCGAUGUCGUCUCGUAGUGUUAAGGUAAAUAAUUAUAUUCGGUACUAUUGAUAAGCCAUUUCUUCCUCGAAUAUGAAAUGUAGGUUUUAUGCAGGAAAACUAAAAUUUCAAUACCUUGUAAUUAAAUUUAUUAAAAGUCCAUCUCUUACAAGACUUAAAUCUUGACAGGCAAACGCCGCGGCCGAUUUGAAUGUUUUCUAUGAGAUGUGAAAGGCCGUGAUAGUGAGUCAUACUCAAAAUAAACUGUCAAUAAGUUACAGAAGUCUAUUAAGCAAUGUAUAAGAAUGUUAAAAUAAUCGUUAACAUAAUAACUAUCUUAAUAUGUAUGGUGAUAAAAAAUUGCACAUUAAGUGAAGUAAUAACCCAAAACUCUUAAUAUGUUGUCAAGAAUAAUAUUUGCUUGUAGUUUACAUUUCAUAUAGAGAGGGAAUAAGGCCUGAUUUUUCAAUUAUUAAAUAAACAACCAAGGAUAUCUCGAGUUUAUUUGAUAAUUGGUCAAUCGGCCCUUAAAAACUUUAUUGUAACCUCAUUUGGGUGUUAUCAACGGGCUGGGCUACAAGUCUUAACAAUUUUGACAAAUGCCAACUGUCACACGUAAUGGUACCAUUUCGUUCGUACCGUAUUCGUAACCUUCUAUGUACGUACGUGCCAUCCUAUAUGGAUGGACAUCCCGUGCAAUUAUAAAUAAAUUUCUUAAACUAUCUAAACUAAACUAGUAAAACUAUCGCUAUAAGAACAAAACACCAAAAAAAGACAAUAAUAAGGGAUGAUUUGUGCAAAGGAUUGUUCUUUGCUCUUACCAUCCUUUUCUUUCUGAUGCAAAAAACGUCGAACUUUAUUAACAUUGUGUUACAUUAAUUAUCUCUGCUCGUUUGCCGAACUUUAGUGCAAUGACACUGCAAAUAAUGUAGGUGCAACAAAUGUUUAAUACCCUCUUCCCCUCACUGGAACUCAUGCGUAGUAGUGUGGUGCAUCACUGCUGUCGAUAAAUGCUAUAAAUAUUUAUUUUGUUGUAUUACAAGUGGAAUACCAAUUCAAAAAGUAAUGAAAAUAAUAAGUAACUUAUUUACUAUUCAUAAGUAUGCCUGCUUUGAAAUAUAUUUAUUAUCAUAUUUUUAUUAGUAUGCAAACAAUUGAUAUUUGGAAGUGGGAUAUAUCCAUAUAACCAAUAAUCCAGUAGGAUUACCUUGUUUUUUUCUGUAAAUAUACAGCUUUUAUUGUUGCUUGCCAAGUUAAACACUUUCUGCAUAAAAAAAUCUACAAGCGUGUUUAUGAUUUUUUUUUAAUUAAGUUUAUUAUAAAAUAUGUAUAUUCUCAUUGAGGACACACUUGCCAUUGCUAGAAGGGUGACAAACUGGUCAGUUCUACACAAGGAAAUACCUUUUAACUAACCGCCCCAGCAGUAUACUCUCUACUAUUAUAGUGUUGCGCCAGGUCUUCAGUUGUUAUAUCACACUUACCCCGCAGCUCGCAUCUUACAAAAGCUUUCGUGGAACACUCUACUUUAAAUAGAAUGUUGGUUUUCUUACCUUAUUCUGGAUAUAAGAUGGAUAAUCUACAAGUCUCAUUAUUAAUAGAUGUUUAUUUAGCACGAAACGUCUAGUUGAUUUCUGCCACCAGUGCUAUAUUGGUUUUGCUUUGUAACAUUACCUAUUUUAUCAACAUGUUCUUAAUUUAUUUCAGAAACAAUUUCGCAUUUGUACUCGUAAAAAUAAAAUAAGUAAUACCAACUAAUUCAUCAAAUAUAAUUUCUUGUUCUUAUAGAUAGCGAUAUUUAGCUCGAACAAAAAUUGCCUAAAUAUGAUUUUUAUGCAGUUUACAGCGAUAAUUCCAUAAUUUAAGUACCUGUACAUUUAUGAUUCUUAAUAAUUAAUAUGUCGGUUACGGACGCGGACGGUAUGUGAACGCCCGAUGUAGAUAGGGUGUGACUUGGUGUGGUGCUGUGCACGGAGAUGGUGCGAUUGUAAAUUAUUGAUCUAUGGUUGUAUUUAUUGCUAUAUUUUUCGAACUUCUUUUCGUCGACCUGAAGUAUGUGCCUCCUCUAGUUCGUAGAAGUAUUUUUGAACGUGUGUACCGAUACGGUUAAAUGUAGUAAUGAUAGCGUUAAUACUCAUAAGGUGCCAAGUGUCUAAACCUCCCGCCCUUGAGGCGGAUCGUCUCUCAUUCCUCUAGCACAAUAAUAUUGCAAAGCAAAAAUAAUGUAAAAUAUACUAAAGGAAAUAGCUAUCUACUUCUGUGAUUGGUGUUGAUGUUAAAAAUUGAAUCUAUCUACAUAAAAUAGGGUACUUUACGUAUUUUGUAUAUUUUAUUUUAUGUAAAUGUCAAUGUAGUAUAAUGCCAUAAGAACUUGAAAGUUAAAAUAACUUUUCGAGCACUGACUAUUGUAAAAUAUCUAAUAUAAAACGUUAUUUAAUGCAAUUUUUAUUAAAAGAAUAUACAAUUUAAUUAUUAUUAUUAUUAUUAUCAACGAGUCUUGCAUGCUCAGGGGGUGAUAAAACAGUAUCAUAAGAAUGUGUACAUGUGAUAUAUUAUUUGUUCUCUCUUUAAUCUAGAUUAGACCAUUAUAACGUUUGUAUUAUACAGCAAAUAAUGGAAACGUGUAUUUUUCAGGACAAAGUGGUAAAACAAACUCAACUUCUCAUUUAUGUAAUAAUGAGUAAUGACACAAGCUUAAUCAAAAGUUUUGCAUCAAUGUAAUGUACUUAAAAAGUGAUAUUGUUAAUAAUUUUGCUUCUCGUUUUAUUACGAAUUUGUUAUUGAAUGUAAUAAAAUGCAUAUUCUAAAUGUUAUGACUUAUAACGGCCUUAGCAUUGAGACAUGCCUACAUCUAUGGCCUUCGGGAACACCAUACUUAAACUGUGAUUCAAUAUACAAACUCAACUGAUAUUUUAUAAUUAUGUUUUCUGUAUAAAAUUUACUUUUUAUUACAAUACAAAACACUUUAUUUGAUAAAAGUAAAAUGAAUUUGUAGCUGUUUUUAAUUUAGAGCGAAAAACCUUAGGAAAGAGAAUUAAAAAUUGUUACAAAAUUACAUUGUUGUCCUAUAAAUAUUGAAGAAAAAGUAACUAGUUGU